UUCGUCCUAAUGUUUAAAUUAAUCCGAAAAUAUUCACACAUUCCUUAGAUCGGCCGGGAUAUUUUGCCGACGCCUCCCUCCGCUAUUAGCGCGUCGUGUGUUUGUUUAUUAGGUUACGUUUUUGAGGAAGAAACAAAAGACGAUGGCGAUGAUGCAGCCGCAGACGCAACCGCAAGGCUAUCACCAUCCACAGACGCUGGAAGAAGUGCGAACCCUUUGGAUUGGAGAUUUGCAGUACUGGGUCGACGAGAAUUACCUCUCUUCCUGCUUCUCCCAAACCGGCGAGCUCGUUUCUGUCAAGGUAAUACGUAACAAGAUCACAGGCCAGCCAGAAGGGUAUGGUUUUAUAGAGUUUGUAUCUCACGCAGCCGCUGAGAGAACGCUUCAGACUUACAAUGGGACGCAGAUGCCUGGAACGGAGAUACCUUUCCGCUUAAAUUGGGCUUCUUUUGGCUCAGGCCAGAAAGUAGAUGCUGGACCCGAUCAUUCUAUCUUUGUUGGAGACUUAGCACCAGAUGUCACAGAUUAUCUCCUUCAAGAGACAUUCCGUGUUCACUAUUCUUCUGUUAGAGGUGCCAAGGUUGUUACUGAUCCAAGUACUGGACGAUCAAAAGGUUAUGGUUUUGUAAAGUUUGCUGAGGAAAGUGAAAGGAACCGGGCCAUGGCUGAAAUGAAUGGUUUGUAUUGCUCAACAAGGCCUAUGCGUAUCAGCGCAGCAACGCCUAAAAAAAACGUCGGUGUGCAGCAACAAUAUGUCACCAAAGCUGUUUACCCAGUUCCAGUUCCAGUCCCAUCUGCAGUUGCUGCACCAGUCGCAGCGUACGUUGCUCAACCAGCACAGGUGCUCGCACCUGAAAAUGACAUCACCUGUACAACGAUUUCAAUUUCCAAUUUGGACCCAAAUGUUACAGAGGAAGAGCUGAAGAAAGCAUUCUCGCAAUUUGGAGAGAUUAUUUAUGUCAAAAUACCUGCAACAAAGGGAUACGGUUUUGUUCAAUUCAAAACCAGGCCUUCUGCAGAAGAAGCCAUUCAGAAAAUGCAGGGGCAAGUGAUUGGUCAACAAGCAGUUCGAAUCUCUUGGAGUAAAAAUCCAGGACAGGAUGGUUACGUAACACAAGCAGAUCCGAGUCAGUGGGGUGGGUACUAUGGUUAUGGACAAGGCUAUGAUGCAUAUGCUUAUGGGACAACUCAAGACCCAUCCUUGUACGCAUAUGGUGGAUAUGGCUAUCCCCAGUAUCCGCAACAGGGAGAAGCUACACAAGAUAUUACAAACUCUGGAGUUGCAGGGGCAGAGCAAGAGUUAUAUGAUCCGAUGGCCACUCCUGAUGUAGACAAGUUAAAUGCCAGUUACCUUUCGGUUCAUGCAAAUGGCUUAUUAGGACGGUCACUGUGGCAGCGUACCACAGUGCUCACAUCACAAGUGGGCAAAUGAUCGUGAAGAGAAGAAUAGAAUGGUUUAUGCGUUGAGAUGUUUAGUGUGUCCAUUUCACUUUCUCGCAUUACAAGUCACUGCUCUUUGUUUGAUUGUUCUGUUAGGACAUAGUGACAAUGCUAAAUCAUGAAUUUUUCCAGCUUUCUGGAAAUUAUGACUAUUCUUUCUCUGUUUGCUUCAUAGAAAAAUAAGUCUGAAAAAAGAAGACUUCAUGAUGCCUUU